AUGUUUCUCACUGCCGAAUUCGAGGGAGGGGAGGUUUUUUUUAUAUUUGCACUAACGAGGCCCUACUAUCAAUCUAAAACCUACCCAGCUGGUACGGAGAAACCUACCCCACUUGAUACGGGGAAACCUACCCAAGCCGUUACGGAGAAACCUACCCCAACUGGUACGGAGAAACCUACCCCAGUUGGUACGGGGAAACCUACCCCAGCUGCAGAGUGUUCCAGUCUGCAACCCCUUGGUAUGGAGGACGGGACAAUCCAAGAUGAUCGCAUCACGACGUCCAGUAUUUGGAGCGCUACAUAUCCAGCCCGGGAGGCACGCCUCAACAAUGACAAGGGAUGGUUAGCCUCGAGUGACGACGCCAAUCCCUGGAUCGAGGUGGACCUCGUCCAGAGUACAGUGGUGACUGGAGUCAUCACACAAGGCGCCGGCCGCGGUUCGCAUGUAACUGCGUACAAGGUGGCGUAUAAGAAGCAGCCCUCAUCCGACCGUGAACACGUGACGGAUGGAAACGGAAACAUCAAGGUGUUCAUCGGUAACACUGAUAGAAACACCCCGGUCACUAACCUGUUUGACGAGAGUGUGGUGGCCACGGUAGUACGCAUUGAGCCUACUGAACGGUAUGCUCGUGCCGCUCUGCGAUUGGAGCUGCUUGGAUGUCGUCGUGGUUAAUUCAGCUGAAGCAUUCAGGUGAUUCUCUCCGAUAGCGCUGACAAAAUUUCACUCUAUAUAAAAUAGUCCGAGAGCCCAGUGAGGUUUAAUUAGAAUAUCGCGCACAAAAGGUCUGAUGGUGGCAGCGAGUAGGUGGGGGUGUCCAACCUUCGAAACCGUUAUUCUUAAGUGUCACACCCCGUGCGUUUGGGAGGGGGCACCGCCUAAAGACCCCCCAAAAUUGACUUUUAAUUAGA